AUGGACCAAACAGCCCUCUUCUCAAUGCCGGACGAAGAUCCGAUCAUCAAUGCCCCAUACGAACCAUCCGGGCCCGCCCUGUCUUCCGCUCUCAUGCAGCAGUUCAUGUCCUUCCUAGCUUCGCGCCAUGUGGCCUCGAACCCCGUUCCUUACCCUGAAGUUCCCGACCGUGGCUGUGCUCCCCAGUGUGGAGGUACCAACACGACCGGUAUAACGAAUACGCUCUCCCCCCAUGUCAUAUAUACGCGAGGUGCCCACGAGCCAAUGGGAGCCGUGUUGCACAGUGGCCAACAGUUUGUCGAGCCUUGCGCCACCGAUUCCUCCUGGGGUGUUCCCGCAUCUGAUUGUGCACCCCUCGAUAUACCCCUGCAGGAGACGGCGGCUAUGCUUCCAAGUAAGCACGAGGAACAACCUUCUCGGGACAGCAUACAAAAGCUCCCACGCCAGAGUCCAAGCCCUAGUCCCAUCUACACCCGGCGCGUCUUCCGCUGCAAAUGGCAAGGCUGCGACGGCUCGCACUACUUCAAGCGCGAGGGCGACCUCGUGCGCCACCUGCGAACAAUCCAUAUCUCCCCCGGCUCAUAUCCAUGCCACGCGGAAGGCUGUACAAAGGUCUUUGGUCGUAGAGACCAUCUUUGCCAGCACACUAAACGUCGGCAUGCAUCUGCCAAGCCCUAG